AUGCAUACGCUCAAGUCUAUCGCGGCUUCAUCGCUGUCCUUACCAGCUGAUAGCUACAUUUAUUCAAUUGCAGCCUCGGCACCUGGCGCCUUCGCUGCCAUCUCUUCAGACGAUUCCCUGCGCGUAUUUAAUGCUUCUAAUCUCGAUAAUGUCUCCGUCGUCUCUCCUCAAACUCACGAGGCAGGUGUCACCUCCCUGAGAAGCUAUGACUCCAACCUGCUGGUCACCGGCGGGCGAGAAGGCAAAGUUAAGGUUUGGGACGUCCGGUCAAAGGCUGCCGUUGCAGAGAUGGAGACAGCGAGAAAUGCUCCAGUGCUCUCUGUAGCCUGCAACCCCGGCACAAAUACUCUUGUUGCGGGGACAGAGCUUCUAUCAUCUCAAGCAGUGGUGGCAUUCUGGGAUAUCAGGGCUCCUCAAGCACCCCACCUUCAAUACGUAGAAAGCCACAACGACGACGUCACUGAGCUCCAAUUUCACCCAAGUCGCAGCAACAUAUUACUAUCCGGCAGCACGGAUGGCCUUGUCAACAUCUACAACACAAACAUCACAGACGAAGACGAGGCCCUGGUCCAAGUAAUCAACCACGGCUCCAUCCACCACGCCGGCUUCCUGUCCGAGCGCACGGUCUUCGCACUCAGCCACGAUGAGCACUUCUCCGUGCACCCGGCUACGGAUCCGGACGAGCCAGCCCAGGACCCGGAACCCGUCGACUUCGACGAUGUACGAGAGCCACUGGGCUGCGAGUACGUGGUCCAGGUCUGUACCGGUAGCCAGGGGUCAUAUAUCGUUGCCGGAAACAAAGUUGACCAACGCCUUGAUCUGGUCCCCUUAGUAUCAAGCCCGACAUGGCAGUUCGACCAUGAAAAUCUAUGGCGCCUUCCCGGUGCCCAUGGUGAGGAGGUUGUGCGCUCCGUCUACGUGGAUGAGCAGAGUCAGUCUGUUUUCACGUGCGGUGAAGACGGGUUUGUACGAGCCUGGAAGCCGGCUGAUGGCGACAAGGGAUCUCAGACCCAGUCGGGGCUUGCGAAGGGUCGUCCGAAAGACAAGAAGCAGAAGGAGCGGUUCCGGCCGUACUAG